AUUUUUCGAAUUUUCUCGGAAUUUACCUUUUUACUAGGUCAUGAUUCUUGAUUUCUUACCUGAUUUUGAAUUCAAAAUUCAACUUGGAACACAAUGUGUGGUAUAAUUUGCAUCUUCUCUAGCGAUUGCAGAGCUACUGCACCUAAUGAACUACUAAAUGAUUUCAAUGUCUUCAAAGAAAACAUUAACAAACGCGGACCUGACAGUUUCGAUAUGAAAUCAUUAUCAUUGAAGAAUGGUUGUGAAUUAAUAUUUGGUGUUAGUGUUCUUUGGCUUCAAGGUGAGAUUGUCACCAAACAACCACUAGAAAAUCAUAGGGCAGUCUUCUUAUACAAUGGUGAUAUUUAUAAUGGAUUGAACACAGGUUCAUAUUUCAAUAGUAAAAGUGACACACUGGAAUUAUUUGAAUUAUUCAAUCAAACUGAUGAUAUUUUUUCUACACUUAAGAAUAUCCAAGGCCCUUAUGCUUUUAUAUAUUUAGAUAAAGAAAGAGACAUGCUGUACUUUUGUAGGGACUGCUUUGGAAGAAAAAGUUUAUUGAUUGGAAAACAAUGUGAAAUAAUUGUACUCACUAGUGUAGCACACAGAACUGAAAAAUAUGAAUUCAUUGAACUACCAUCUAUUGGGUUAUUCUGUUGGGAUUUAAAGAGUAAAGCACUAUUUCUCUAUCCUUUCAGUUUGGAUAAUGCCAAUUUCAAUGGGAAACUGGCUGAACUUGAAUCAUUCUUGGGAAAAACUAUAUCACUCAAAGAUACAAUUAUGAACACAAAGAAUAUGCCAGAAUAUAUGGAGCCACUUGCUGAGCAAAUAGCUCUUUAUGAAAAUCUUGAAAACAUGAGCAUUGAAAAUUUUUUUUCUGUAUUAUUCAGUGACCAAAAUUGGUCAAUUAGAAUUGAAAAUUUGGAACACUUGUUGGAAGAAUCAGUGAAAAAGAGAAUUUCCACUCAACCAAACUUCUGUAGAGAUUGUAUAAAGGAACACCAAGAAUGUACCCAUUCUCUUUUGGGAGUUUUAUUUUCUGGUGGAGUAGACUGCUCAAUUCUUGCUCUUCUAGCUGAUAAAAUUGUUGAGAAAACCAGACCCAUAGAUUUGUUUAAUGUAGCUUUUGGUGAAUAUCAACAUUACAAAACACCUGACAGACAAACUGGCUUAGAAACUUUGGAAGAACUAAGGCAAUUGUGCCCAGAAAGGGAAUGGAGGUUCUUUGAAAUUGACAUUCCAAAAGAUGAGCUAGAAAAGCUUAGGAGUGAUCAUAUAGCAGAUUUAAUUUAUCCUUUAAAAACUAUUCUGGAUGACAGUCUUGGUUGUGCAUUAUGGUUUGCUAGCAGAGGACUUCAGAAUUCCACCCAGUCACCUUGUAGAGUUUUGUUGGUAGGAAUGGGUGCAGAUGAACUAUUUGGUGGUUAUACAAGACACAGGGCAGCAUUUAAGAAGAAGUCCUGGCUGGGAUUGCACACUGUCCUGAAUGAAGAUUGGGAAAAUUUACCAUACAGGAAUCUAGCCAGAGAUGACAGAGUUGUUUCAGAUCAUGGAAGACAGUUGAGAAUGCCUUAUUUGGAUGAGAAACUGGUUCAAUAUGUCAGAAGUUUACCGUGUUGGCAAAAAUCUUAUCCCUCACAUAAAGUUCCUCAAGGUUUUGGAGAAAAGAUCCUAUUGAGGAGUUUGGCAUACCACAUUGGAUUAAAGAAAGCAGCAGUGCUGAAAAAGAGAGCUUUGCAAUUUGGGUCCAGAAUUGCAAAUAAAAAUGAAAAUGGUCAUGAUAUUUCAAUAAACUUGAGUGAGCUAAUUUGGCACUUGGGUAACACUUGCACAGCUCUUCUCGAACAGCACCAGAAAGUGCACAGUCAUCAAAAACAUCUAUUAUGGUAACCGGAAGAUCGGAAAGUUUAUGAGCUUCAACAUAACCUCUAAGGCAGUUGAGGGUUAGCCUACUAGCUAAUUCAGUCUGUGGAAGGCUCUCAAG